AUGAGGCUGCCUCGCCCGCGUUUUGCCUUCUGCCCAGUUCCCUUCCGUCCUUCUCGCAGCGCCGCCGCCGCCGCCGCCGCCUCCGCCAUGGCCCAACUUCGAGCCUCUUCCUCGUCGGCCGCCACUUUUGACUACCUGGUGCUGGGGGGCGGCUCGGGUGGGUUGGCCAGUGCCCGGCGCGCCGCGCAACUGGGAGCCCGGACUGCUGUGGUUGAAAAAGGGCGACUCGGAGGCACUUGCGUGAAUGUUGGAUGUGUACCUAAAAAGGUGAUGUGGAAUACUGCUGUUCAUUAUGAAUUCAUCCAUGAUCAUGUGGAUUAUGGUUUUAAAAUAGCUGAUGUGAAGUUUAAUUGGAAAAUAAUUAAAGAAAAGCGUGAUGCUUAUGUGAAGAAACUGAAUGAGAUCUAUCAAAAUAAUUUGAAUAAGGACCACGUGGAAACCAUUCGUGGGCAUGCAUCGUUCACAGCUGACCCUGAACCCACAAUUGAAGUUGAUGGCAAAAAAUAUACAGCACCUCACAUACUGAUUGCUACUGGUGGACGGCCUAUAAUUCCCAGUGAAAGUGAGAUACCAGGAGCCAGUUUGGGAAUCUCUAGCGAUGGCUUCUUUGAACUUGAAGAGUUGCCCAAGCGAAGUGUUAUUGUUGGUGCUGGAUACAUAGCUGUUGAAUUAGCUGGUAUUCUUUCCACAUUAGGCUCCAAGACGUCCUUAUUGAUACGUUAUAAUGAGGUGCUGAGAAAUUUUGAUUCUAUGAUCAGUUCAAACUGCACUCAGGGGUUGGAACAUAGUGGAGUAGAAGUCUGGAAACAUUGCAAGAUUCAAUCAGUUACAAAAUCACCUUCGGGACUCUUGGCAAUAACGGUUACAUCCUCUUUUCCUAAUCAAAAACCCACUGUGAACACUAUUGAGAAUGUUGAUUGUCUCUUGUGGGCCAUCGGUAGAGAGCCCAAUACUGAGGAGCUAAACUUUGACCAAUUGAAUAUUAAGGUAGACAAGGAAGGCCAUAUUAUUGUUGACGACUUCCAAAAUACCAGCAGAAAGGGGGUCUAUGCUGUUGGAGAUGUAUGUGGGAAAGCACUCCUCACACCAGUUGCAAUUGCAGCUGGAAGAAAACUGGCACAUAGGCUUUUUGAAAAUAAAAAGGAUUUUAAACUUGACUAUACCAACAUUCCGACUGUGGUUUUCAGUCAUCCACCUAUUGGAACAGUGGGACUAACAGAAGCGGAAGCCGUAAAUGCUUAUGGAAAAGAGAAUGUGAAAAUUUAUAUAACUUCUUUCGUCCCAAUGUACCACGCAGUAACAGAAAGGAAAACAAAAUGUGUGAUGAAAUUGGUCUGUGCUACUAAACAAGAAAAAGUGGUAGGACUUCACAUGCAAGGCUUGGGCUGUGAUGAAAUGCUCCAAGGAUUCGCAGUAGCUGUCAAAAUGGGAGCAACAAAGGCUGACUUUGAUCAGACAGUGGCUAUUCAUCCAACUUCUUCAGAAGAACUUGUUACGCUUCGUUAAGCUGUACAUAACUUGGCUUUCCCCAUGGCGAAUUACUUUUUUUUUUUUUUUUUUUUUACAAAAUUGUGCAGUUCAAGACAAGUCUUCACUCUGCUGUUACAACUUUAUAUACAUGGAUGUAAUUUAUAUGAUACUUGAAAACAAUAAUUUCAAAUUUUAAAAAGUCCCCUUAUUUGCGCUUGAUUCCUUGAGACAUUUUGGACAUUAUUCAUAGUGACUUUGGCAUCAAUAUAGAAGUGGAUCUGUCAUUGCUUUCUGGCUUGUUGUUUUCAGGUUCCCUGCUUUAGUGUUUCCUAGUGGUCUCCUAUCCAAGUACUGGCCAGACUCAACCUUAGUUAGCCUCUGAGCAGAGACCUGCUGAGAAUGCAGUAGUAAAAUGUGCUAAAAUAACAAGUAAAUUAUCAUAUGACAUCAUACUUUAACCUCAAAGAGGAAGUAAAAUCUAAGAGUAAAGCAGAAAAAACCCCCAUUUUGGGCUACAGAGGAACAAAUGGAGAAAAUGCUGCAAUUAUAAACUGUCUAAUAAUUAGUAUUUUGGUUUAUUGAGCCUUGGAUUGUGAAAGAUGCCAUUCCCUGCCUAUUGGGAAGGGCAAAUGUAACCCAUAUAGAACUUAGCCCCAAAGAGUUUAGUAAGAGCACUACUUUAUUAAUCCAUAUUUGGUAAAACUCUAAAUGUUUUUUUAAAAUUUAUGCUAUCCCCCUAUAAAAUUAAAACUCAAUACAUAGGCUAUUCUAUGUACCUUCCUACAA